CUUUGAUUCUCGCCAAAUGGACCACCGACAGGGAGCAUCAUGGGCAAAAGCAGAAAAUCCAAGCGGCAGCUUAUCCGCGACGAAAAGCGAGCCAAAAAGCGCGGACGGGAGCUCGCCGAGGACGAAGAGCGCAGCGCAAAACGCCAGCGACACGACGACGACGACAACUCCUUCUACACCUUAGACCCCAAUGCCGACUUCAUCGCGCUCGAUGACGACGAACAGACCCAAGAUGUCCCCCUUCAGCACGACCGUGGCGGCAACUUUGAACGCGAGUUCUUUGGCAUGCUCGCCGACGAGGAACAAGAGUACUUCCGCCACGCCGACGAGUUGCUUGAGCUGAACGACUUCCCCUCCCCCGAGGAGCGCCACAUCUUUCUGCAGAACGUCUACCGCGAGGCCCGCGGCAAGGAGCUCAAGCUCGCCAGCAGCCAGUCGUGCUCGCGCCUUAUGGAGAGGCUGAUCCUGCUGUCGAACGCCCGGCAGAAGAAGCGUCUGUUUGGCGCCUUUGCCGGUCACUUCAUGACCCUCGUCACCCAUAGGUUUGCGAGCCACUGCUGCGAGAAGCUGUUCUUGAUGAGCGCCCCGGUCGUGACCCAGGAGCUGAGCGGGGAGGCCGACAAUGACAUGGAGAUGGGCGAGGAGGACGGGGACGAGCCGGAGGAGGUCACCGAGGCCAUGAAGACGUCAAUGGAGGAUUUGUUCCUGUUGACGCUGGACGAGCUGGAGGAGCACCUCUCUUUUUUGCUGUCAGACCGCUUUGGUUCGCAUGCGCUGAGGGUGCUGCUCGUAGUGCUCUCGGGACGGCCACUUGACCAGGCUGGGACCAAAUCGCUGCUACAGGGCAAGAACAAGGAGUACAUCACGGUCGAAGGCGCCUCGGCCAUUACGAGCGGGCUCAACUCGCAAACGAGGACGGUACCAUCGUCGUUCUCCAUAGCGAUACAAAAGAUCAUUGGCGACUCUACCGCCAGCUUGGACUCCACUGCGCUGCGGGUGCUCGCAAAACACCCUACUGGCAACCCAACCCUGCAACUGCUGUUGGAGCUCGAGCUCUCCUUGAUCGUGAAGUCGAAGAAGGGCGCCCAAUCAAAUAAGGAAGAUAGUGGCAAAGCGGUCGAGGGCGAGUCAAAUAUUGUAACGCUGCUCGAGAAGCUUGUCCCUGAUGCUCCUGCUUCAUUCAGCGACGAAAAGUCACAGGCUUGCGAGUUCGUCAACGGCAUGCUUUACGACCCGAUAGGUUCUCGCCUCCUCGAGACCUUGAUUGCCCACUGCCCCGGCAAGAUCUUCAAGGGUCUGCACGCCAAUAUCUUUGGCCCGCGGAUCCAGAGCCUUCUGCGGAAUGAUAUUGCCUCGUACCCAGCCAUCAAAGUACUUAACCGACUAAGCAAGGAGGACCUUGUCGACGCCGUGCAGAAAUCCCUCCCCGAGAUCCCAUCCUUUGUCGAGAAGGGCCGCUUCAACGUCAUUAAGACCUUUUUCGAGCGCUGCAACGUGCGGGCUGCCACCGCCGAGCUUGGCACUCUGCUCCAAGCCCUCACAAGAGCAUGCGGCGGCACCUGGAAGCACCUCAUCCCCAGGCUCUGCCUCCUCGACGAGCCCGAGCAGCCCGAGCCCGAAACCAAAGACAAGAGAUUCCAGCCGCCCGACGCCAAGAAUAUGACGGCCCUCGUCUCCCACGGCAGCCAAGUCGCCUCGACCCUCCUCAGCAUCCCCGGCCAGCCCUCCAAAGCAAUCCAAAAUUCGCUCCUCUCGCUCUCACCAGACCAGCUCCGUCGUCUAGCCACCUCUUCCGCCCCGACGUCCUUUAUCUUCGCAAAAGCCCUCACCGUCCCGCCACAGCUCCCUCACUUCCACAAACUCCUCGUCGCCGCCAUGCAGCCGCACAUCUACGAUAUGGCCGUCUCCCAGCACGGCAACGCCAUCGUUACGGCCAUCAUCGCGACGCCCUCAAAGGCCCCACACGACGACAACGGCAGCAGCAGUACGCCUACCACGCAUGUAGUAGUGCCGUUCCAUCUGAAGGAGAACAUCAUGUCCCAGCUGGAGCGCCGCGAGAGCGAUUUGCGGGCGUCGUGGCUGGGCAGGAAUGUGUGGCGCGCGUGGAAGGGCGAUCUGUGGUGUCACCGGCGGCAGGAGUGGGUGCGGUGGGCCAAGGAGAGGGAUCCUGAGGGAGAGCGGGUUGCGGGGAUGCCGAAAGCGAGGGUUGUUGUCGACCAGGAAAUGGUGGAGGGCGGGAAGAAAGGAGUUGGUGGGAACAAGAUUGAUCGGAAGCAUGCCGGGAGUGGGAGGGAAGGAGGGAAGCAUGGUGGGAAGGUGGUGAGUGGUAAGGGGGCGAAGAAGGCGGUGGAUGGGAGGAAGCAGAGGGAUGAAGAAAGGGAGGUGAAGGAAAAGAAAGAGGGGAAGGAAAAGAAAGAGGGGAAGGGAAAAAAAGAGGGGAAGGGAAAAAAAGAGGGGAAGGAAAAGAAAGAGGGGAAGGAAAAGAAGGAGAAGAAAGAGAAGGAGAGAAAGAACAAGGAGGACUGGAAGGAGAAAAGCGAAAAGAAGGAGAAGGAGGACAAGGGGAGGAGUGCCUCCAAUGGUGAGAGUGAUGACGGGAAAGUGAAAGAGAAGAGGAAUGAGGACAAGUCAAAGGCGAGAGUUGUCGAAGUCGCUGCUUAGCCUCCUCGUUCUGUAGAAGCGGUUGAUGGAGCAACGGCAUGAUACCCGAAAGAGCGCGUCCUGGAGAACAAGAAUACUCAACAGUCUUGACCCUAGACUUGCACAUGUGGGCGUGGCAUGCAUGGAAGGAUAACCGGGCCCUUUGACCUUAGCUGCUAGCAGUGUAACUGUACAUUCUGCUGCAGGGAGCCGCAGAGGUCUCUUUGCCAUGUUGGCUCUGAAUAUAAAGCUCUGCUUCUGUGACCUCUCUUGUAAGGGACUCGCAGCCAGCCACAACGCCGGACCUUGAGCGAAGUAUCCUUCAUACUGACCUGCGUUUUUUCACACUGAAGACAAGUUUCUGGAUUCUUUGUGGGCGG